AUGUCUGGUUUCUUUACCGCAGAAUUUGGGCCCAUCGUUGGUGCUCGUUUCGUCGGGUUUAUCUUUGCCACUGCGCUCUGGGGAGUUACCUGCUCGCAGACAUGGUCGUAUUACAGGAAAUCAUUCAACGAUCACUGGGCUCUCCGCUCACUAGUAUUGUUUAUGUGGAUAACCGAUACUGUCCACGAAAUCCUCCUGGCCGCUUCGCUAUACCGCUUGCUCAUUCUGGACUUCGGAAACUACGAAAAGCUCCUAAUUGCACCAACGACAGAUUCGGUGAGCGUAUACCCUCGAAUAGCCGUUGAAUCGCUAAAUUCAUUUGGCUCAAACUUUGAGAUCGCCGUGCUUUUCAACAGUCUGACCGCAUUAGAAGCACAAGGCUUCUUUCUAUUCCGGAUAUACUCGAUGAGCCACAAGAAGUUCCUACUCACCGGCGCGCUUGGGCUUCCGUUGUUAGCCCAAUUCGCGCUGGGAGUUGCUUGGUCGAAGUUAUCCUUCCGGCCCAUUACAGACAUACUACUGAACAAUAUCACUCCGCUGGAGCUGAGUUACUACGCCAUCGCUGCCGUGGGUGAUACGAUUCUUGUGAUCGUCUCGUGUUAUCUUCUCCAACGUUCUCGAAGUGGUUUUGAGCGCUCCGACAGCGUCAUCAACAAGCUGAUGCUAUAUAUCGUCAAUGCGGGCCUCUUGACUAGGUAA